AUGUGGAGUAUAUCCAUGUUAGUGGUGCUUGUGAUGUAUGCGUUUGCUGCAAAUGCUGCUGAUUUUGAAGAUGGUACAUCAAUUUGUGACAAGUGCACUUGCAUGGUAGAAAAAAAUUCCGCAACAACAUUGAGCUAUGAUUUUCUGGAUUGCUCUCGAAGCAACCUGUUUCAUAUGUUGAACAACUGGCCUGAACGUUUUGAAACGAACAACCCACAGCGAGAGAUAGUAUUUUCUUUAUCCGGUAACGACAUUAUUCAGCUACAGCAACUACCUCCUACUAGUGCAAUCUUGGUAUUCAGCUGCCGUCAUUGCAAAUUAGAUAGUCUUGCGAGUGGCGUGUUUUUAGAUACCCCCAACGUUUUGCGAGCAGACCUAAGUUGGAAUAAGUUAGAUGGCGAUGCACUCAGUUCUGAUAUUUUCCGUGGGCCAUAUAAUGCAGAAGAAAACCAUGCAAUAUUAUCAUUAGAUGUAUUGGACCUGGGAAAUAAUAUGAUAACGCAUCUAAACGAUGAUACAUUCAAAUAUGUCACCAGCUUAAGCCAUCUAUCUUUGGCUAACAACGCCCUUGGGCAACUAUCGGAUUCUACUGCCGUUGCUUUAAAGCAGCUGAUUCGCAUCAAAUAUUUAGAUUUGUCAUAUGCUUCUCUCACGGAGAUUGACUCUGAAAUAUUCGUCGACAUGCAUGAUCUACAAGAACUGUUCCUUCAAGGAAAUAGAUUAACAGUUAUCCCAGAUGCAGUGCUUCAUACGACAUCGCUGAUAGUUCUAAACAUUGGGGAGAAUCCCAUUUCUACGCUGAGCAUAGAUAAACCACUAGAUACCCUACUUCAUUUAAACAUAAGCAGUAUGACCAUGUUAAACAGCAUCAACGUGGAUACAUUUCAAAAUGUUAAAAUGCUACGAAGUUUGACGAGUCGAAAUAACACUGGGUUAGAAGUCUUUGAUUUGACUGUAUUGAAGCAUGUAGCAAAUUUACAAGAGCUGGACUUAUCUCAAUCAAACCUAAAACAUCUUAUUCCACCAAAAGAUACAUACGAUUCCUCAACUAAUCGGAAUGAAUUAGAUAACUAUACCAAUUACCUAGAAGUAUUACUUCUAGACCAGAAUCCAUGGCAUUGUGAUUGCGAUUUGCAGUAUGUGCUCGAACGGAUUGGAUUGAAAUUAGAUUCUGAAGAGGAGUCCCGUUGUGAGACACCUAAUAUGUUAAUAUCGUUGCAUCUAUCCGACUUAUUGUACAUCGACGUAUGCGAUGUUGUCAUACAUGAAACUACAAAAAGUUCUGUGUACGAAAAACCGGCAUUCCUCCGUCCCAGAGCUAUUUUCUUGACAUUAUUAUCAGUAGGAAUUGUAGUAGGUGUAGGAAUUGUUAUUGGGCUAAUUAUUGUUUGUCUUAAGCGACGACUUAAAGAUAAUGGAGUUGGGUUUGCCUCGCCGGUCCGGUACACAUCAGUUCGCGAAAGUACCACUUCAGCCGUUUAUCAACUUUAA